AUGUUAAAAGAGAAUAACCUGCUCCCAAAGUUACCAAAGUAUGUAGCUGCCUGUUUGAAUUUUCCAAUUUUGUGUUGUUCAAAAACCCCUGCUGACAGUGAUAUAAAUGAAAAUGAGGUUCAUCAAGUUCAACAUAACUAUGUUACUAAGGAUGAAUUUUCUAUAGUUAUCAGCACACUUAACACAGUGGUUAGCAAAAUUAAUCUCAUAUCUGACAAACUCAAUUAUAGAAAAAAAUGGGGUGACGUUUGUCCUGAUAAUAAUACACUGGAAUUUCCUAACAUUACUUUAUCUGAUGAAUUUCCUAAAUUGCCAUCAAUUCAUAGCUCAGUUGAUGUUGUUGGUGAGCUUGGCCAACCGUCGCCCAAAUUGACAAAACCUUGGCUAAAUGAUAAAGAUUGGUUUUCUUUAGUUACAAAGCCCCAGAUAAAAAGUCUUUCUUCUAGAGAUAGGAGGUCAAUGUCAAUCAAAGGAAAGCUAUCUGUUAACUCUAGCCUGAUUAAAGGAUGUUUCCCGUUAUAUCGUAAGUCUGUCGGUAUGCCAAAUCAACCUCGUCCUGAUGAAAAUUCGGAAUCCACCUCCUUCAAAGUUUUAAUUGACGCAAAAGAUGAGGAAAAAUUAUACUCAUCAGACAUCUGGCCUGAAGAUUGUUUGGUGACAAGAUGGGUCUUUUACAACAAUGAUGUCGUCAAGAUGGGUCCUCACCAGCCGUGA